AUGAAGCCUCUUGUUUUCUUGGUUCUUGUGAUCUGCACUGUAGUCAGCAUGAAUUUGAAGCUCGUGUCAAAGAGAAAUUCUGUUGAUGGUUGCAUUGACUGGUCAGUGGAUCUCAAGACAUACAUGGCUUUGGCAGGUGAACCAGUCCGAGUGAAAUGUGCCCUUUUCUACAGCUAUAUCAGAACUAAUUAUAGCAUGGCCCAAAGCACAGGUCUUAGGCUUAUGUGGUACAAAAACAAAGGAGAUUUAGAAGAACCCAUUAUAUUUUCCGAAGUUAGGAUGAGCAAGGAUGAAGAUUCCAUAUGGUUUCACUCGGUUGAGCUGCAGGACAGUGGUUUCUACACAUGUGUUCUAAGAAACUCAACAUAUUGCAUGAAGGUGUCCAUGUCCUUGACCAUAGCGGAGAAUGAAUCUGGGCUUUGCUACAACAGCAAGAUCAGAUAUCUGGAAAAAUCAGAGGUCACUAAGAGGAAGACAAUCUCCUGUCCUGAUAUUGAGGAUUACAAAACAGCCGGUCAAGAGCCAGAUGUAGUGUGGUACAAGGAAUGUGAGCCAAAAAUGUGGAGAAGCGUUGUAAUUCAGAAGGGAAAUACUCUCUUAAUUCAAGAGGUUCAGGAAGAAGAUGGAGGAAAUUAUACCUGUGAACUCAAGUUUGAGGGCAAACUUAUACGGAGGACAGUUGAACUGAAGGUUACUGCUUUACUCACAGACAAACCUCCAAAGCCAUUGUUCCCCAUGGAGAACCAGCCAACUGUUAUAGAUGUCCAGCUGGGAAAUCCACUGACUGUGGCCUGCAAAGCUUUCUUUGGAUUCAGCGGAGAAUCAGGCCCCAUGAUCUACUGGAUGAAAGGGGAAAAAUUCAUAGAAGAAUUAGAAGGUCACAUUAGAGAAGGAGAAGUCAGACUCCUCAGAGAACAUCUUGGAGAAAAAGAAGUUGAGUUGACAUUGAUCUUUGAUGCUGUAGAGGAGGCAGACCUGGCUAACUACACGUGUCACGUGGAGAACAGAAAUGGACGGAAACAUGCCAGUGUUCUCCUGCGCAAAAAAGAUUUGAUCUACAAAAUAGAACUAGCUGGAGGACUGGGAGCCAUCCUUCUUCUGCUUAUUUUGCUCGUGACCAUCUAUAAGUGCUACAACAUAGAGUUAAUGCUGUUCUACAGACAGAACUUUGGAGGAGAUGAAACAGCUGAUGACAACAAAGAAUAUGAUGCUUACCUUUCAUACACUAAAGUGGAUCCUGAUGCGUUAGAUCGUGAUAAUAAUGAAGAGGAGCAGUUUGCACUUGAAAUUUUGCCGGACGUUCUAGAAAAGCACUAUGGAUAUAAGCUCUUCAUUCCAGACAGGGACCUGAUCCCUAGUGGAACCUACAUUGAAGAUCUCACAAGAUGUGUUGAGCAAAGCAGAAGACUCAUUAUCGUGUUAACUCCAGACUAUGUUCUCAGGAGAGGAUGGAGUAUUUUUGAGAUGGAAAACAGACUCCAUAACAUGCUAGUCAGUGGAGAAAUCAAAGUUAUUUUGAUUGAGUGUACUGAAUUAAAAGGGAAGGUGAAUUAUCAUGAAGUGGAAACAUUAAAGCACACCAUCAAACUUCUCUCAGUGGUCAAGUGGAAAGGACCAAAAAGCAGCAAACUGAAUUCUAAGUUUUGGAAGCGCCUAGUCUUUGAAAUGCCAGGGAAGAAAAAGGAGGUGGUGUCCCGGCAUCAGGUGCUGGAUUCCGCGGAGCAGGGCCUCUUUGGAGACCUGCAGACUGUGCCCUCCCUUGCGGUCACAGGCACUUCUGCCACGCUGGUGGAGUCCCGGGCGGAUGUAGGCGAUUUCCAGCAGGCAGGCUCAGUGCACAUGAGGCACUGCUGCGGAGGAUACGAGUACGACGUGUCUGCGGCCACGCUGCCCAUGGCCUCCGUCAGCAACCAGCGCACGUACUGUAACAUCCCCCUGGCGCUCCUCAACGGACAGCUACCUCUCAACAACGCCGUCAAGGACCCCCAGCAGUUCCACAGGAACAACCCCUUGCUACCUUUAUCGGCCAAGGAGCUCAGCUUCACCAGUGAUAUCUGGUAG